AUGGAGGACUAUGACAAUGCCACAGAAGGAGAGGAGGAGAGAAGCGUAAUGAAGGGUGUGGUCAAUCUUGCAUUCCAGGAGGAGAUGGAGGGUGGAAUGCAGGAUAGCACCCUUGCAGCUAAGAGUCUGAACGUGGAGCUGCCGGCCUCAGCUACAGUUAGAGGAAAUGAAGGUCCCCAAAAUUACUUUGACCCCUCGUCGGCGGUGGAGGGUGACCCAAGGCGGUGCAGGAUGUCUGGGGUCGGAGACAGAGAUGAGCUGGAAUUAAAGUUUAUGAAUGAAGAUGAGAAAAAUCUUUAUGAGAAACUUUCAGAAAUGCUUCAAGAAGAGGACACUUCCACCGUCAUUGAUUUACCAGGUACAGUGAUGUCUGCGCAUGAGGUUGAGGAAGCUGAACCAUCGGGUGGAUGGAAAGAUCAACCAAGAGCCGAACAGCUGGAGAGACGAACAGAGGUCAUACCUCACUACAUUGAGCAGCUCAGAAAGCAUGUGCAGAAAGACAUGAUCCCUGUGGGCAGACCUGCACUGGCACAGGAAACCCAUUUUGAGAAGGGAAUGACUGAGGAAAAGGUGUGGGCGAGAAAGAAGAGAGUAAUGUCGUUCUUAAGGGGGAAUUCAAAGAUCAGGAACGUAAAUAAGGAGGAGGAAGUUCUUCAGGACAGACUCUACGUUGCUUUCAAACGAACAGAGACUCGCUUGCUAAAUGCUCUACGGCAGCAUCAAGAUGAAGUCAUCAACCAAUACGGUGAGAUUAUAGAAGAGACGGGAAGCACAGACAUGUUGGGCAUCGGAACUGACCUCCGCUGGAAGGUGGAAUGGACCAAGACUCCGCAGCCCACUGAAGUGCAUGUUUUGUGUCUGAGGGCCGUGAGAGAGAAGCUGCCCAAAGGUCUGUACUCACUGACCGUGUCUCUCCAGACUGAGCUGGGUGGCCGUACGCUGCGGUGGUCUCGUUUACAAGAGCAGCGGUGGACUGGAAGCACAGAACCUGUGCAACACAGGGGCCGAUACUGUGACACAGAUCUCAACAUUAACCAGAGCCUCUACAUGGUCUUACCUGCCCCGUGUGAUCUGUUGCCUUCCAGUGUGUUAUUGUUCAGGCUGUCAAUGCUGCCCAGCGAUCACAGUCAUGUGAGUUCUGUGGUGAGCUGGGGUGUGUUCCCUGUCUGUGACUGCUCCCUCAAUCUCCUCAAUGGGAAGUUCAAGACCCCUCUCCUGCGCGGUGGGCCGGACCCAUCUCUCGAUCAGUUCAGCAAAAUCGAACAACUGCUUUCCACUGACCUGGACAACUGGCUGUCCAACCUUUACUUCCAGGUAAAGAGACACCCGCGGGGCAGCACCAAGGUGCCAGAGCGGAGCUUCACCCUGCAGGUCCCUCCUCACCCCCAGCAGAGCUCCAGCCAGGGGCUUCCUCCUCACCAGGACACCUCCACACUCUCCUCUGCCUCCGUGCCAGGUGAGAGCACCACUGGAGCUGAGUCAGCCCUGGAGCCCAGGGACCAGACAAACCGCCCCAACGCUACUAAAACCAAAGCUGACUUUCCCAGCAAGAAUGGCAGACAGAAGAAGUCGAUGGGGAGAAACAGUGAAAUCCUCGCUGAAGAUCAACUGGAUCAAUUUUCUUUCUCUGUGCGAUCUCAGCACCACAGUCAGCAGCACUCGGUCACACUUUGCUGUGGGACAGCAGAGAGGAUGCGUCUGCUGCGGCGUCUCCUCCCAUCACUGCUCGAUCUGUCCUGGUAUCCUCGAAUGUCCCAGAUCAGCCUGAACCUAACGCUGUUCACCAUCAUGUGGUUCCCACGGUUGUACCUGCAUUACUGCGGUCAAUGGCUCUACCUGCAGACCAAACACAUCCCCAUCAACAGGUUCGGGUUGGGUGCGCACACGGUGGAUCUGGUCUAUCAGGGCUCGCUGCUGUCUACCCUGGAGGAGGUUCUGCUGGUGCUGCUGGGCCCCUUGACCUUGAGUGGAGCUGUGUUGCUGCUGCUCCUGAUCAGAUGGGGCUGUCAGCUAGCGUUUGGCUCACCGCCCUCCUUCCUGUCAAAGUUUAUCAUGGCUGCGGCAGUGUGGACAGCGCUGGACCCUCUGGCGGUCUUCACUGUGGAUGCUGUCCUGGGGCGUCUGUCCUACAGCGCAGAUGAUCCGUUGGCGGAUGCUGCCAAGCUCUACUGGCAUUUCUAUCGAACUGAGCAGUCGGGCACAGCGGGCAUCAUCAUCACCCUCUUUCUCUAUGGUGUCCAUUUUGUCCUGUCCGUCACCAUUCUUUACAUUUACAUCCUCAGGCUUCACAAUGACGGCAGACUGUUAGAUAUCUACCAUCGCCUCCACAGUGCUGAGGGAGCGUUCUUCAUUCCACAUGACAUGGAGGUCUCCAACCAGCAGCUCAAUUACAUUUUAAAGAAGGCAGAACAAUGGAGAGGCUUCAACGGUGAGAGACGCAAGGUGGCAGUGUAUGAUUACAUCUGGACUGAGGAGGAGCCAGCUGCAAGACUUGCACAGCCUGUAAGAGGGUGCGAGACCAGCACCCAUCUGUCCAUCUACAAUCUUCACCUGAGCGGCCUGCGCCAACAUUACAGACACUUCCUUCGACAGCCUGAUGGAUCAAUUAUAGAGGUGAUGGAGAAAUGUGAUAGUCCAGAUUUUCAGAGGUCAGAGGUGCAUGUAGAACAUGAAAAGAUGAGAAAUGUGAAACAUCUCAGAGAGAGAAAGAGAAGGAGAGCUGUCUGGCGAUCACACAGAGUUGAGCCUUUUGGAGGAAGUGCCUGUGACUCUAAAGAGCCAGGCUAAAAACGUCAAAUGUCUACAAGAAACAUUUGUAUGGACUGAUAAAAUGAAAGAAAAAAUAGUUAGUCAAACUAAAACACUUAUUGCUUUACAAAAUAAGUUUUUAAGCUUUCACCUGUGUAGACUUGAGAGGAACUGACUUAAUAAGUUAAAUUGGAAUCAUUCCUGUUAUAAAUAUUUUUCUGCACUAUAACUUCAAGUAAUCUUAACAUUUUUGUUUGUUUGUUUGUUUUUACUGUACGGUAUGACCCCUAGGUCAGUUUAUCCAGUCAGGCUUCCAAAGUAUACGGGAAAACCACAACUAGACUGUAAAGCCCAUACAGUCCAAGCAUAAAUAUGUCACAAUGUAAAGUAACAGUUUCAUAUACAGUAGACACGAAUGUGGCCUGUUUAAUCUUCAUGGCAACUUCAAUACCAUGAAAAAUGACGAUUCUAAAAGUCACUUAUCAAGACACAGUGAUAAAAUAUCAAUAUUGAGGCCACAUUAAGCAGGAUAAUAUUCUGUCUGCCUUGAUUUGUAUUGAGUAUGUGUCUCCUACCAGGUGCUUGACGUAAUGAACUCGCCCACAAAUCAGCCCUUAAUGGGACCCUACUUAUAUAUACUGCUUAAUUAAAGGUUGUGGGCUUAUUAACAUGUGUCAGCGGUGGCGGCCGGCCGAGAUUGAAUCUGUUCGUGCACAGCCAGGUUGUAAAGGUUUUAUAGAUAACCUAUCAUUAUUAAACCCCAUUGCUUAAUAUUAGAUCUUAAUAACCUGUCAUUUUCAUUGAUGAUGAUUUUCUUUAUGGGUGGCCAUUAUGGACCAAAGUUGUGACUGUUUGGGGGAAAGCUGUUUGGGUCAUCUCAAGGCUUAUGACUCUCCUUUGCUUGCAGACUUUUCUGUCUUUUAUGUGCCUGGAGUGAACAUCAGUGUUUGGUGACCAGAGACUGAGAUGAUGCUUUGAGUGUGUUUUUAUCUUUACAGCUCAAGAGUGCUUCCUGCCUGACCAAAAACAGAUUCAAUCCACAAAUAUCCAUGAAUUUAUGAAAAAAGAUAACAGGAUGCAGCAGUAGUGUUCCUACAUGGGGGCAGACUAUUUAACAAAUAUUUAUUUAUAUUAAAUAUCAUACUACACAUGCUUUUGUUACACAUUUACAUAUAGUAAUGACAUAAUAAUGAAAUAUAAUAAUGUUGAAAUGUUGUUACACAAACAUAUGUAAAAUCAUUUUAUUAGGUAUUAUCACUUAGCAGCACCUCAUUUAGGCAUGUAGAUAAAGUAAAAAGAAACUAGACAAUGUGAGCAUUAUGGAUGUGAGUCAAAACUUGAAAUAGAAACUCUUUCUUACCCAUAUAUUAAAUCAUCUGUUUAUAUUUUACUAAACCCCUGAUGAUAGAGUCCAGAUAUCAGUCUAUACACACGUUUUCUGUUUUUAAAGAAGAAAAUAUACAUGCUUAUGGUUGUGACAAAAAAAGAAUGCACGCUUUUGAGAGACAAUUAGGAUUUCUAUUAAUUAUAGUGCACAAACCAUUAAUAUAAUAUAAUUAGCCCAUACCCAACAAAUGGAAAAGGGAUUGCUCUUCUAGACCAUGCAAUCGUUUUCAUGUGUCCAUUUAUGUGGAAUAUGAACCAUUAUGCAUGUGACAAUUCUGUUAUGGAUGUAACAAUUACUUAGCUGACUAAUGUCUGCUAAUGCUUUGAAAACAAAUGUUUUAAGAGAAACUUGGUAAAAACUUUUUUUUAUCUGUGGUAAUCUGAGAGAUUAACUGUGCUUUGUACACCUGUAGGGUACAUAUGAAAGAUUAUGUCAAUUCUUCUCAAUGCAUGUAAUUGAUAUUACUUUUAUAGUAGUUUGGUGUCAUCCUGAUCAAACAAAAUAAGUUUUUAUUUAGGGUGCAGUUUUCCCCCAUAUGUAUACGAGUGCUUCAAACAUUUGAUUGUUAAUGACAGUGAUUUCAAAAUUCAAAUGGGUCCCCAGCAGCAGUUGUUUCUGAGAAAGAUGCCUGCGGUUUCUCUCUGCUGUGUUUUUGCUGAUUUUAGUGAAAAUAAAAGCCAA